UUAAUUUCCAUAUUCUUGACAUUCUUUUAACUCUAAGAUUCCAGGUUUUUUCUGAUAAAUUCAAAUUCAAAAAUAAUGAAUGUACAGAAUUAAAUGUAUUGAAUAAAAAUUUGAUACAGCUAAGCUCAACUGGGUGAUAGAAGAAGCAGGGCCUAACUCUGCCAGACUAAUUUUGACUAUAUUUUGUAAUUAUGGCUCGUCAAAGGAAGCCGCAUAAUGGAUCUUCUAGCCAGGAAAUUCCUCUGGGCAGAGCCACAAACAAGCCCAGACACAAGCCCCAGCAAUAUUAUCCUCUGGAUGACAGUGACAACGAAGCCCUGGACAACAAGAAACAAAGUUGGCUUAGCACUUCACUCUGCAUGACCCUAGCAAGCAGCGUCAUACUUGGCGUGGCAUAUUUCCUAUACCUUGGAUAUUUAGAGACUCGAGUCAAUACUCCUUUAUCUGCUCCAAAGGUGGUUACAAAAACAGGCUUGGAUGUACCUGAUAGGUACUGGGGAACAUAUCGUCCUGGAGUUUAUUUUGGAACUCGUGUUAGGCACCCGACCUCACCAGUGACGGGACUCAUGUGGUUCUUGCCAGGACAUUUCCAACAGAAAAUGCUUGCUGUCAGGCACUGGUGUGACCAGGCCGAUGAACUCUCAUCCUACGGGUGGCAGCGCCAUGAUGGCCGAUAUUUUGGGUCACAGGUAAUCCAGGACAAGGGAAUGACAAUCACCACAGACUUCGUGAAGAGGCUCGGGGGGAAACAUGGCGGCGACUGGACUGCUAGAAUAACUGCUCACCCAAAGACCAAUGCAGGCAUUGGGCAGCUUGCCUCCCUGCUUUACUACGUGGCCCUGGACCCUGACGACCCCAGCGGCAGCAUCCAGCCUCUUGUGGGGUCCACCCAGGGCCCCGGUGCUCUCAUGGGCUCUGCUGAAGCAUUAGGAACCUUCAGGCUUCAUCUGCUGAACUCCUCAGGAGUGGUACGACAUACGAGUUACCUCAGCACGCGGCACCUUGGCUUAGAUUUGCUCAAGGAGACGGUCUUUAGGAGCCUACGACCCAUCCAGUCGCCCGGGACGAAAGAGAAAUACAUUGGAUUUCCUGGGGAACAUUUCCCUGCUGACAGUUCAUCGCAUAACGCUAACUAUGUUGCCUUUCAAGUGACGGCAGAACUCCCUUUCCAAAUCGAGGUUGUCUUCGAAAGUGACAGCUUUUCACAAAGACCCAAUAUGCUUAUGGGCGAUGUCUUCUCGCGGGAUUUAAAGAAGUAUUCUGAGGAAUUCGAUGCUCAAUUUGAUCAUAAAUUCCCUCUGAAGGAGAAGGGGUUCACCGAGGAUGAGAUAGCAUUUGCUAAAGCCGCCAUGAGUAACAUGAUCGGCGGCAUCGGGUAUUUCUAUGGGGCGUCUCGAGUGCAGGGACGUACCAAUAAUGAGCCUGUGCCUUACUGGAAAGCCCCGCUGUACACAGGCGUGCCUUCUAGAAGUUUCUUUCCUCGCGGCUUCUUAUGGGACGAAGGCUUCCAUAAUUUACUAAUUUCCAAAUGGGACAAAGAAAUAUCGCUGGAUAUCGUCGCUCACUGGAUGGACCUCAUGAAUUGGGACGGAUGGAUUCCCCGGGAACAGAUCCUCGGGUCAGAAGCUCGUGCUCGCGUUCCUGAAGAAUUUGUUGUUCAACGCAGCGAAAACGCAAACCCUCCUACGUUGUUGCUCACCUUGCACUCCAUGAUGAACGUAUUCAAGGAAGGCCUCAGUGAUGAUGACUAUGAUAGUCUUAAGCUACUAUGGCCUCGACUACGCCUGUGGUACUCGUGGUUCAACACCACCCAAAGCGGACCAGUGCCGGGAUCGUACCGGUGGAGAGGCAGAGACGCGAGCAACAAAAGAGAACUCAACCCUAAAACCUUGACUUCAGGCUUGGACGAUUACCCGCGCGCGUCGCAUCCCAGUGUAGACGAAAGACACUUGGAUCUCCGCUGCUGGAUGACGAUGGCGUCUGGGCUCAUGGCCGAUAUUGCCACCAUGAUAGAGAAAGAUCCUGCUAGAUAUCAGGAGACUUACGAUUAUCUGAGAGACAAUGACCUGCUUGACCGUUUACACUGGUCGUCUGCUGAAGAAGGCUACAUGGAUUACGGCCUGCAUACUUUUGAUGUGAGUUUGCAGAGAAAAAAUCCGGGCACUGAGAUGCAGAGGGUUACUUACUCCACUCCGAAGUUAAGAUUCGUGGACUCGCCGGGCUAUGUGAGUUUCUUCCCGCUCUUCCUACAGAUCUUAGAGCCAUAUUCAUUGAAGCUCGGUAAAGUUCUUGAGGAUCUCAAACGACCAGACUUACUCUGGACAAAUUAUGGACUGCGUUCUCUAGCCCGGAAGUCUCCCCUGUACAUGAAGCGCAACACUGAGCACGACCCUCCGUACUGGCGGGGCCCAAUUUGGGUCAACAUGAACUACUUGUGCAUCCGCGCCUUGUAUUACUACGCCAACACCCCCGGGCCGUACAGCGACCUCGCCCUGGAGAUAUACAAGACGCUCAGACAAAACCUUAUCAAAAAUAUUAUUAAGGAAUAUAAACGUUCAGGAUACAUUUGGGAACAGUAUAAUGACCAGACCGGGAAAGGGCAGGGAUGCAGACCUUUUACUGGAUGGUCUGCGCUCGUUGUAUUGAUCAUGGCUGAGAAUUAUUAGACCACAUUCCCUGAGUUAAUUUUUAUUACGGUUUAUAGUUUCCUAUGGAAACGAUUAAUAACUUCAUGGGGGCAUUUGAUAUUCUUCUAAGACAACUUUCAUCUGUGAUGAAGUCGUAUAAUGUGAUGUUUCAUUCAUUUUAUUAAUUUCUGAAACGUUAUGAAAUUGUGUAUGACCUCGAAUCUUCGUACAUGUGGUCAAGGAUUUAUCUAACGUAAAUUGAAUCGAUUUUUACUUUCUUGUACUUUUUUUUACAUGAUCGUGAAAAUAUAUAAUCUAGUGAACUGAGGAUCCGCGAACGAGAGCGAAAACUGUUGCCAGUGACAAUCUUACAACCUUAUUGCAUUUUGAUUUAUUUUCAGUUACAUUGCACUCGUCAGACAGGUGCUCCCGAUAUAGGUAUACUAUUCUAACGCUUGGGUUGUGACCUCCUAAGCGCCUUUGUUCAGGACCUCAUUUUUUCAUCUGAUGUAUUUUUAUCUUGCCUGCUUAAAGGGCCUUGUUUGUGUACUUACACUAAAAAUUAGUUGUUUCCAUAAUCUUGGUAUGGACCGUUAUUCAUUUUUAUCAUUGAUGUAAAACAUGUAAAAUGGAGAAUUUCUCUUAAUUCCAUAAAUAUGCGCUGUUAUAGUAAUUCCAAAUUUUCACUGAUUCUUUCGCCUUGUGAG